AUGAAUGCAAUAAGGCCUACAUUGAAGGAUAACAACUUUAAAGUUUGUGAGGCAUCACUAACUUUCCUUUGCACUUUUUUGGAGCACAUUGAUGCAAAAAUCUUUCAACCAUAUUUUAUUGAUUUUGUAAAUUUGCUUUUGGAAAGAUUUGGAGACACUAAAGUGUCAGUUAGAGAUAAGGCCUUUGAGGCUAUAAUUAUGGUCGCUAGACACUACUCUGCAAGUACAGUGCUUGAUAGUAUUAGAGAAGGAUUUAUCCAUAAGAGCUGGAGAGUGAGAGAGGGUGUAUGCUUGUCUUUUGUUCAGAUCUUACAAACCUUUGGACCCAAGACUAUUUCACUUGCAAAAUUUUUGCCAGAUAUUGUAAGUCUAUUGGAUGAUUCCACACCAAGCGUAAGGGAUUCUGCAAUAUUGGGUAUAUGUGAAAUUUAUCGCUUUGUUGGAGCUGACUUAUUCCAGGAAUUGUCCAAUUACAAAUUAAGGACUUCGCAAAUUAAGGCCAUUGAAGAUAGAGCAUGCGAAAUUAUGGUCGACACUGAAAACCUCGUUUCUCUAAAACCUAAAGCAAAAAGCCCUCUGAAACCUCCUAGAUCAAGACAAACCAUUCAUACAAACAUUACUACUAAUGGAAAAUCAGCAACUGAUGAUACAGAAGAAACAGAUGUACAACCAAUUUACAUCAAAGAGAACGAUAUUCAAAAAGAAACAGAGCAAUCCCUUGAAAUUUUGAAUGACACCAAAAAUCUUGAUUGGAAAAAAAGAUUAAAUUGCAUUAGACGCUGGAGGGGUAUAGUUUAUGGAGGAGCAACGGAUUUUUCAUCAUUUAUUGGAGAAUUUCUUAGAUUAAGGGAGGCCAUUUCAAAGCAAGUAGUUGAUUUACGUUCUACAAUUGUUAAAGAAAGUUGCAUGUUACUCAAUCUUAUUGCAAAAACCAUGGGCUCCAAGUUUGAACCACUCUCUGAUUACUUUGUUCCAAUACUACUCAAGAGCACUGUAGUGACAGUUCAGGUUAUUUCUGAUUCGGUAAAUACUUGUAUAAGAACUCUUAUAAUUCACGCAAAAUUGAAUAGAGGUAUUUCUGUAAUAGUAGAGAGACUAACAGACUCUAAAACUCAUGCAACCAUGAGAUCUAGGUGUGCAGAAUACUUGGUUUUAAUUUUUCAACAUGUUGACACUGGAUUUUUAUCCAAAAUAAUUGACGAAUUAUGCAAAGCUCUCAAGUCUGCUAUUAAUGAUGCCAGCCCUUCAGCUAGACAGGCUGGAAGGCAGGCAUUCAUGGCAUUCAAGGAAGUGUUUCCUGAUAGAGCAACAAAAAUUUUCAGCGAGCUAGAUCCAAGUACUCAAAAAAAACUUAAUGAAGAGUCUAACAAGUCUGGACAAAUUUCCCCAAGAUCAACUACUUCAAGUCUGAGUGGAGCAGCAUCAGUAACAUCAUAUGUUUCGUCAGGUUCUACAAUAAGAAGAACAAAAUCUGUCAUUACAAGAAAGCUACCAACCAAACCUGAAUCCAGUACAACACUUAUCACAGAAAAAAAGUUAAUUUCUAAACCCGUCAUACCUUCUAUUCCACUUUCCACAACAUAUCCUCCUUCUCCAAAAAAGAUUUCUCUUCCUGUUAGGCCAGUAUCUGUUGCAGGAAAAAACUCGCCAUCUUCCCCAAAAAAGAGUCCUAAUUCAACUAAUCUAAUCAAAUCUAGUAGAACUGAUUCCGUAUUGAUUCCAAAAAAACUAGUAUUUGGUUCUGAUCCUAUGGAUGUUGGAGAAGAUUUGGCAAUAGUACAAGAGGUAGAGACAGUGUCUACAAUUUUGAGAGAAUCUAAAAAUCUCGAUUGGAAAGCCAAAAUUACAGUUUUUGAAAAAUUAGAAUCAAUUAUCAACAGUGGUAGAAGUUCUGAAAUUAAGAAUACUUUUCUGCAAGUAAUCAAUUUGUAUAUUGACAGAUUAUCUGAUACUUAUCAAAAAGUUGUUGAAAAGGCUCUCACUUCACUCAUCAAGCUAAUAGAUCAUUUACCAGAAAAUGUUGAACCUUACUUGGAACGUAUUUUAUCCAAAUUAUUUUUACUGUUGACCGAAGAAAAAACAAAGACUCUAGCUGAACAUUUAUUAACCAAGAUUGGUAAUUCUUAUUCUGGUGAUAUUCUGUUACCAAGAAUUUUUAAAAUUGUAGAUACAUUCAAUUCAAGAGUAAGGGUAGCUUGUUUAGAGUUUUUGAUGCAUAUUGUACAAAGUAGUUCUGCCUAUCUCAGCUAUCCAGGGCAUAUGAGAUCGAGCAUUAAGAAGAUUAUUGCCCUUAUUCAACAGAAUACCUCAAAAUCAUGUGAUGCAGCUCUCACAAGUAUUAUGAUAUCACUUUAUACAAUUAACUCGACUAAUUUCAUGGAGCAACUUUUAUCUUUACCUUCGUUAGAGCAAAAUCCUAUCAAAAAUUUGCUUAGAGAGCGAGUUAGUGAUUUUGAUCAACAUCUUACUUUGUAUUGUAAAUUAACUGACUUUAGAAUUUCUAAAAAAUCAUCCCCUACCACUUCCACAACCACCGUUCUAACUUCAAAACCGACCCUUCCUAACAGAAACGUUGAAAACAUUAUUUCCUUACCAAUAAGAAACACUGACAGAGAAUAUCAAACUACUGAUACUCUCGAUGAAAUCUCCUCCUCACUAACAUCAAUAGCCAAAUACAAGAUUGAUAAAAAUCCGCAUCAGGUAUACCGAUGCCUAUUCGAAAUAUCAGAAAUAGCUAGACUAAAGCCCUCCACAGAUAAUGUUUGGCAGAUAUCAUUUGCAAAAUUAUUAUUUUAUUUAUUUGAUCUCUUUUUUGAUGAUGAUGAAAUUAUAAGGGAAAAGGCCUUAUUGAGUGUUGCCUCUCUAUUGAGAUAUCAAAUUGAACAUUGUAUCAAGUUUACAGACAUUACUUUUAGAAAGAUUAUGGAAAAACUAAACGAUAAUGUUCCAGCUGUGCAAAGAACUGCAGAGAGAGUGGCUGAACAAUUUGUUGAAUCUAUUGAGCCAAUCAAAACUUUGGAACUUUUAAAACCACAAAUUAUUAAUAAUAGCGAAAAAGAGCAAAUCUUACUUGGAGGCUUACGUCUUCUCACCAAACUAAUCAAACUGAUAAGUCCAGAUAUUCUUUUAGGUCAUGUUCCAAGCAUUUUACCUGGAGUUUAUGAAGCUUUUAAACACAGCAAUGUAGAUGUACGGAAAUCCGUUGUCUAUUUAAUGGUAGAUUUACAUUUCUCUCUUGGAGAGUUGUUUGAGCCAUAUCUGAAGAGGUUAUCUAUUGAACAGCAAAAACUUAUUCAAAUUUACAUAAAAAAGAACGAAGUGAGAUAG